UCCCAAAAAUCAUGUGACCAAGUCACUGUUUCUUGAUCCAUCUCCCUGUAAAUAUGUUGUUGCCUCCUCGUAACAUUACGCUCGAGUCCUCUUGUGAAGAAAAGGAUGGGGAGGCUUCUCGGAUUCUUGUUGUGUUUCUCGAGUUUCUUCAUCAGUGCAACGCUUGCAGACUGGAAUAUCCUGAAUCAAAGAACAAAGAGUGGGCUAAAGAUUAGCCUGAAAAGUUAUUGUGAAAGCUGGAGAAUAAAUGUUGAGCUGCAUAACAUCCAAGACUUCACAGUUGUGCCGGAAGAAUGCGUGUCCUACAUUGGCAAAUAUGUUGCAUCAAGCCAGUACCAUGUAGACUCCGAGAGGACAAUUGAAGAAUGCAGAUUAUAUCUCAGCACCAGCUGCCCUUUGAAGAAAGAUGGCAGAGACGCUUGGCUGUUUGAUAUUGAUGAUACCCUGUUAUCUACUGUGCCUUACUUCAAGAAACAUCAUUUUGGGGGAGAAAAACUGAACUUGACAUCGUUAGAGGGAUGGAUGAGUAAGGGUAAAGCACCAGCCUUGGAGCACUCACUCAAGUUCUUUGACGAAUUGAAAUCCACGGGAGUUCAGAUUUUUCUGGUUUCUUCAAGAAGAGAACAUCUUAGAUCAGCCACAAUCGACAACCUUGUUGAUGUUGGUUAUCAUGGAUGGACUCGUCUUAUAUUAAGGGGCCCAGAUGAUGAAUUGAAUGAGGUGCAACAAUACAAGGCCAACGUGAGAAAACAAUUGAUCAGCAAUGGGUACCGCAUCUGGGGAAUAGUUGGAGACCAGUACAGCAGCUUUGAGGGACUCCCAAGUGCGCGAAGGUCAUUCAAACUUCCAAAUCCGUUGUACUACGUUUCUUGAAGCAUCACCUAGGCCAGUACCUUAUUCUUUCAAUGUCCAUUGUGUUUUUGUGGCUCGAAGAAAUCUGUAUUGAAGCUUGCUUGUUUAUUGGUAAACCCUGUUCUUCGGUAUUCAAAUGAUUCUCAGUAAUAAGGUUGUCUCAAGACCAAGCUAAUCUUGAAACUAUCAUUAGAUUUGCACUUAA